AUGAGCUCUUCCCCCAGCCAUCCGACCACCACCACGAGCACUACCCCCCGUGAAACCCCCGGAAGCCCCGCCAACAAUUACGUUGCCACAGUUGACAAGUCUGUUGACGACCAUGUCCCCACUGCCGUCCAAAUCGACGUGGCAUCGGUCCCUUUGGGGGCCACCGUAGAUGACAACGGACUCGUGAUCGGCAAGUGGAAGUCCGACAUCUUUGGAUGCUUCAACGACCUUGUGCCCAACUGCUUGCUGGCCACGUUCUGUCCGUGUGUGUCUCUUGCUCAAACGUUGCACCGCAUCGGCAUGUACACGUUCAACACAGUGUUGAUCGUGUUUGCCGGUAUGUACCUGCUGUACCUGGUGUUUUACAUCCUCCAAUGCUCCGCGUCCUCGAGCAUUUCCUUCAACAGCAUGGGGUACCCCGUCGUGAGUGCCGCCGCGACCUUUUGGUGGUACAUCGCCCUCGCCCUUCAGAUCGCCGCCUUCGUCCUCUUCAUGGUCAUCCGCAUGCGGGUGCGCAAGGCGUUCCAAAUCCCCGGCACGCCCCUGGAAGACUGUGCGUGCUCGUUCUUCUGUUCGUGCUGCGUGCUAGCUCAAAUGGCCUCCCACACCGAAUCGUUUACCCCCAACCAAUGCACGUUCAGCCCCAAGGAUACGUUGCCAGGCUAUGAAUUUUAAGUUGUGUUCAAACGCAGGGCCACCGUAACCAGGUUGACGACGAAGUUGCGAGUCCUUCAAUGUGUAAUAAGUAUGGACUAGUACA